AUGGACACCUCGAAUACGCCGCAGACGGUUGCGCAGGCUGUCGCCGCUGCGACUGCUGCUGCACAAGCCGCCGCGCAGGCAUCGCCAGCAGUACAACCUGUAUCACUCACACCGUCCAGCACCAUCGACAACUUGACAUGUCAGUGGCAAGGCUGCGGCGAACGUACCGACACUGCUGAAGCGCUAUACGACCAUGUCUGCGAACGCCAUGUCGGUCGCAAAAGCACAAAUAACCUCAAUCUCACUUGCCAGUGGGGCGCGUGUCGCACAACCACCGUGAAGCGCGACCACAUCACCUCUCACAUCCGCGUUCACGUACCGCUAAAGCCGCACAAGUGUGACUUCUGUGGCAAAUCAUUCAAGCGUCCACAGGAUCUCAAGAAGCACGUGAAGACUCAUGCUGAUGACAGCGUGCUGUCUGCUUCUCCCGGCCAGGGCACAAACGGCCGUUCCUCGAUGGGCGGUAGCGGCGGUCUUGGCUCGACUGGCAAGUCUCAAUCAAGUUACUACCCAAGCCACGAUAACUCCAUGCACAACCCAUACUCAGGCUACCAGACCGGACUGCCCGCUGUGAAUGGCAACGGCUACGCUCCCGCAGCACCAAACGGCCAGUAUGCUGGCUAUGGCUCCGUCAACUACCCGAACAGUGCCGCCAUGGCAGAUGUUCACAGCAUGGACACCCGACGUCGCGCAAUCGAGGCCUUGAAUGACUUCCUUGGUGAUAUCAAGCGUCGCGCGAUCAAUCCGACCACCUACUACGAUGUCGGGCACCGUCUCGGUAAUGGCAGCUCAUUACCUCUCCCUGUUGGAGGUGGGUAUAACACUGGCUACAGCGGCGGCAACAGCGGCGCUAGCUUUGGCAACCUGAACGCUGCUAGCCUUCUCGACUCUUUCAACCAGGGCAACGACAGCAUGGGUGGUGGUGGCGGUCUCGGCAGUGUGAUGUCGCAGGCCGGCUACUCGCUUCCCAUGUCGAAUGCUCGCACCAAGAACGAUCUUCAAGAUAUCGACCGCUUCCUGGAGCAGCUGCAACAGACAGUCUACGAGACUAGCAAUCACUCUGCAGCUGCUGGCGUUCAACAGCCUGGUGUCCACGCUCAAUACACAGGCGACUAUGGCUUUAGCAACCAUUACCAGGCGCCGCGUGCCAGUGGUAGCCCGCCUAGCUUCCAGCAAGGUAGCAGUGCAACAUUCGGUGCCAUGACCGCGACUUCCAUGCCAGGCAUGACAUCUUCCGCAUCUGCGAUGGAUACGCCAGCUCUCACGCCCGCGUCUGUCUCGUCGUAUAGCAGCUCUGGUCAUUCACCAAUGAGCAGCCAUGGUCGCGGCAGCAUGGGCAGCACCAACUCAAAUGCCAUGUACCCCAACUUGCCAGCCGUGACCGGCAUGUCCGACCUCGGGUCAGGCUAUCCAGUGACCACAUCGGCACCUGCGUCUGGUCUUGCCUCUGGCUUCGAUGGCAUGGACGGUCGGCGGUACAGCGGCGGCAGACUCCAACGCCAGGCUCCUAGCCAAGACACAGAGAUGCCAGACGCGGAAGAAGGUGGCAGGACGCCCAAAGCGGAGGAGCCUGCUCGCACAAAGCAAAAGGGUAACAGUAAUAUUGACCCUACACUGCGCGGCGAGGACUCUUCCGAAGGUGCGUCGACGCCUAACGCGCGAACCGAGGAGGCUGAUAAGCGUCAAGAAGACUGGGUGGAGAACAUCCGCACCAUCGAGUCUCUUCGCAAAUGGAUCUCGGAUCGUCUCACACGUGGCGAGUUCGAGCGGGAGGGCCAGGCGACAGGCGAUGUCAAGGCCGGUGCUGAUUCUGAUGCUUCUGCUGCGGCUAAGAUCCAGGCUGAGAUCACCAGAAUGGUCGCAAACAGGAUGGGCUCAGCGUCGACUCAAAGCGAGGAGAAGGCGGCUUCGGCACCAGCAGCUGAUGCCAAGUACCCAACCCUGCCAUCUGCUUGA